AUAUUAGUGGAGACAAGGUACUUGUGUUAGCAAACAAGACACACCUUAACCAGGAAGAAAAGAAAACAAAAAGAGAAAGAAAAAGAAGAUACACCAUUCCGAGGCUUCAAACCUGUUAACAUUGGGAGUUUAAACAGCCACAUAUUUAGUGCUUCUACAGAAGUAAUACCAAACAGUGAGAAAAUGAGUGACACGGAACCUCUCAUUUCAUCAGAAGAUGACGAGUCACCUGACCCUGCAGCAGCAGGCCCCUCAUCAUGGCCAGGUGAAAGCAGUGACAGUGAGGUGGAUGUGACAGUGAGACAAGCUGGAUUUGUGAAUCAGUCUUACCUUCAUGACGACUCAGAGGAUCAUGAGAGGAUUCAGCAAAGGACACAAGACAAUACUAUAAGAUCAACUUCAUCUGAACGCAGGAUUGUUCUUCUGGGUAAAACUGGAUCAGGAAAGAGUUCAACAGGAAACACCAUCAUUGGUAAAAAGUGUUUUAAGGCUGAUGCUUCAUCAGGGUCAGUUACUAACACCUGUCAGAGAGGAGAAGUACAGACUGAUGGAAAGAAAAUCUCAGUAAUCGACACUCCAGGCCUGUAUGAUACGACAAUGUCAGAAGAGAAAGUGAAGACUGAAAUAGUAAACUGCGUCAAGAUGUCUGUUCCUGGUCCUCAUGUGUUUCUGCUGGUGGUCAGAUUGGGUGUGAGAUUCACAGAAGAAGAGAGAAACACAGUGAGAUGGAUUCAGGAAAACUUUGGAGAAGCUGCUGCACGUUACACCAUCAUUCUGUUCACUCAUGCUGAUCUUCUGAGUAUAUCAUUGGAAGAGAAUAUCAACAGUUGUAAUGAUCUCAAGGCUCUUGUUAAUAACUGUGGAGGCAGAUUUCACUCAUUCAACAAUGAAGACAUGAAGAACCGUUCUCAGGUCACUGAACUGAUGGAGAAGAUUGAGGAGAUGGUGAGGAACAAUAAAGCACCAAACAGUAAUACAGACUACUACACCAAUAAGAUGUACCAGGAUGCUCAGAGGAAGAUAUACAGAGACCAGUUCUGGUCUGCAAUACCUAGGAUUAUACUGCUGGGUGGAAGUAAAUCAGGAAAGACAAGUGCAAGAAAAACCAUUCUGGACAGAGAUGAGCGAAGAAAUUCACCAUAUUCUGCUACAAAUUCCAGUGAAGUACAAAAAGUACAGGUGGAUGGAAAGAUCAUGAAGAUAAUCGACACUCCAGGACCGAUUAAUGCACCAGAAAUUGUGAAAUGCAUCAAGAUGUCUGCUCCUGUUCCUCAUGUGUUUCUGCUGGUCAUCAGACUGGAUAAGAAAUACAAAGAUUCACAGAAAGCAAUGAAAUGGAUUGAGGAAAACUUUGGAGAAGCUGCUGCACGUCACACCAUCGUUUUGUUCACUCACGCUGAUCUUCUGAGCAGUAGAUCAUUAGAAGAGUAUAUCAACAGAUGUAAUGAUCUGAAUGCUGUUGUUUCUAUCUAUGGAGGCAGAUUUCACUCACUUAACAUUAAAGACAUGGAGAACCACUCUCAGGUCACUGAACUGAUGAAGAAGUUUGAGAAGAUGGUGGAGGUGAAUGAAGGACGGCAUUAUACCUGUGAGACACUUCUGGAAGCUCAGAGGAAGAUGUUCUGGUCAGGGAAACCCAGGAUUGUGAUUCUGGGUAAAAGUAAAUCAGGAAAGACCAGUGCAGUACAAACCAUUAUGGGCCGAGAGCAUUUAGAGAGAAAUUCAGCAGAUUCUGAUACUAACACCUGUGUGGCACAUGAAGCACAUGUGGAUGGAAAGACCAUGAAGAUAAUCGACACUCCAGGACUGAUUGAUGCACCAGAAAUAUUUAAGUGCAUCAAGAUGUCUGCUCCUGUUCCUCAUGUGUUUCUGCUGGUCAUCAGACCGGAUGAGAGAUUCACAGAAGAAGAUAACACAGAGAAUUGGUUUCAAAUAAACUUUGGAGAAGCUGCUGCACGUCACACCAUCGUUUUGUUCACUCACGCUGAUCUUCUGAGCAGUAGAUCAUUAGAAGAGUAUAUCAAUAGGAAUAAUCUGAAUGCUCUUGUUUCUGUCUAUGGAGGCAGAUUCCACUCAUUUAACAUUAAUGGCAUGGAGAACCACUCUCAGGUCACUGAACUGAUGAAGAAGUUUGAGAAGAUGGUGGAGGUGAAUGAAGGACGGCAUUAUACCUGUGAGGAGUUUCUGGAAGCUCAGAGGAAGAAGUUCUGGUCAGGGAAACCCAGGCUUGUGCUUCUGGGUAAAAGUAAAUCAGGAAAGACCAGUGCAGUAAAAACCAUUAUGGGCCGAGAGCAUUUAGAGAGAAAUUCAGCAGAUUCUGAUUCUAAAACCUGUGUGGAAAAAGAUGCACAUGUGGAUGGAAAGACCAUGAAGAUAAUCGACACUCCAGGACUGAUUGAUGCACCAGGAAAGAAGAUGAUGGGUGAAAUAGUCAAGUGCAUCAAGAUGUCUGCUCCUGUUCCUCAUGUGUUUCUGCUGGUCAUCAGACUGGAUAAGAAAUACAAAGAUUCACAGAAAGCAAUGAAAUGGAUUGAGGAAAACUUUGGAGAAGCUGCUGCACGUCACACCAUCGUUUUGUUCACUCACGCUGAUCUUCUGAGCAGUAGAUCAUUAGAAGAGUAUAUCAAUAGGAAUAAUCUGAAUGCUCUUGUUUCUGUCUAUGGAGGCAGAUUUCACUCACUUAACAUUAAAGACAUGGAGAACCACUCUCAGGUCACUGAACUGAUGAAGAAGUUUGAGAAGAUGGUGGAGGUGAAUGAAGGACGGCACUAUACCUGUAAGACAUUUCGGGAAGCUCAGAGGAAGAAGUUCUGGUCAGGAAAACCCAGGAUUGUGCUUCUGGGUAAAAGUAAAUCAGGAAAGACCAGCGCAGUAAACACCAUUAUGGGCCGAGAGCAUUUACAGAGAAAUUCAGCAGAUUCUGAUACUAAAACCUGUGUGGCACAUGAAGCACAUGUGGAUGGAAAGAGCAUGAAGAUAAUCGACACUCCAGGACUGAUUGAUGCACCAGGAAGGAUGAUGGGUGAAAUAUUUAGGUGCAUCAAGAUGUCUGCUCCUGGUCCUCAUGUGUUUCUGCUGGUCAUCAGACUGGAUGAGAGAUUCACAGAAGAAGAAGAUAACACAGAGAAUUGGUUUCAGGAGAAUGUUGGAAAAGCUGCUGCUCGUCACACCAUCAUUCUGUUCACUCACGCUGAUCUUCUGAGGGGUAGAUCAUUAGAAGAGUAUAUCAGACACACUCCAGAUCUAAAGGCAUUUACUGAGAGUUUUGGAGGCAGAUUUCACUCAUUCAACAAUGAAGACAUGGAGAACCGCUCUCAGGUCACAGAACUGCUGGAGAAAAUUGAGAAGAUGGCAGAGGAAAAUGGAUGGAGUUACUGCACAAGUGAGAUGUUCAAAACAAUUCUCAAAAAAUUUCGUUAUCUAUUUACUUUUGCAGCAAGCCUGGGAUCAGCAGGAACAGCAGCUGUAGUAGCAGGAAGUGUCUUACUAGUAACAGCAGAGAUAGCAGCAGGACCAGUAAUAUUAGCUGCAGGAGGAUGUGCAGCUGUAAUUGGAGGAUCUGUAGCUGCAGGAAUGUUUAUCUAUAAAAAAUAUUUUAAGAAAGAUUAGGACACUUUGCUAACCAUUUUAUGCAUGUCUGUUGUAAUGGUCACAGUGGUUGUGGAGAGAUCAAACAGUAAUACAUACAACAGGAUUAAAGUGGCUAAAUAUGCCCACUAAUGUUUAUAUCUUCAGUAUAAUUAUUCAAUCAGAGGGCUUAAUUUUGUUGUCUGUAAAUCAAACGUUUCAGGUUUAUUGUAUGUACCCACCUAACAAGUUUUUGUUCUAAGAGAGUUAUCCAAACGGUUUUGGUUAUUGGUUUUGGUUGUUUUGGUUAUGGGAAUGUUAACAUGUCCAGUUUUCUUAAUGUCCAUGUGCUGUUAUGCUCAAAGUAAUUCAUUGGUUUGAGUAGGGUAAACUUACAUUAAACAUAUUAUUUCAAUCAAAUGUUUUUGUGCAAGAUUAAUGUUAAGUGAGAUAUUUAAUCAUGUUUAUGUUUAGCUCUGCUAAUUUAGAAGAAUUUCUGUUAUGUUGGGAUUUUUGGGGGGGUUUGCCAAUAUGGUGACAAGUGGAGCAUGAGCUUAGUUUGAGGACAGAUGUACUAUUUGUUAAUAAAUUAUGCAGCUCAAUUGUUUGACUAAUGUUCUUUGAUUCUUACUAUUUCCUGCAUUUGUUGUGACUUUUUAGCAGCUAGUUUUAUGUUCAGAGUUGAUCUGUUAAUCUGAAUAUUUUUUGAAUUUUAAUAAAAGAUUCAUACACUGA